CAGACAGUAAAUGUUGCCUUCAGAGUCGCUUUUAAACCACCGGAAAGAAUGAAGAGUUGAUAUCAGGAAACAAUCCAAAUGGGAUAAUUGCAAAUAUAGUUUAGCUGUCAGCACACAUGGUGGAGGCAUCCCUUUGCCCCACACUCAGUCUUCCAUUCCCACCUCACAUCAAGCUCAUACCAUCAAUCACCUAAAUAUCAGCACACUAAAUUGCAUUAAUCAAUCACAGUUGAAGCAAACAAACAGACUUAUUAGCAGAGAAGCUUUUGCAAAGAUACUGUGAUCUUCUUGGCCAACCCCAUUAUCAGACAGACAUAAAACUAAACAGAAAGUGACAAAGGUGUCUUGGGAAGGUUCAUGCAUGUGGGAAAGCAAGAAUGGGCUUCUUUUGUUGAGGACUAGGAGUGCUGUACUUUGAUCUCACCUCUCGUUGUAAGGCCAACCUUUUCCCACAAAAAGCAGAUUUUCAUGUCUUCUAACACUUUUGCUCUGGGGUCUUCACAUCUGUAUGGUGCCAAAUUAUUUUCUUGGACAGAUUAUCUCACAAGAGAACUGUAAUUUGUACAGUAGUAAAAUUCAAGGUUGUUGGUUCUGUAUGUUGUAUUCGACUUUUAUAUUUCAUCUACUAUUCUAUCGUUGAGAUCAAGUCUCAAGUUACAUAAGAUGACAACUUCAGAUAAUAAAAUAGCAAAUACGACAAACAAACAUUACGACUAGGAAGACACAUGAAACGUAGUCGUUGUAGUUCUUACUCAAAGAUUUGCUGAAACAAUUUCGACAAUAUUUCAUAGCAGAACAGCUAAAGAUAGAAACGAGUCAGUUGCGGGCAAGAAAGAUUUAUUCGGAACAGGUGGAGAAGAAAAGGUCUUGGCUUAGGAUGGAAAUAACAGAAAAUUGCGGGAACAUAUAUUUAGAGCACUUGGCACAUUAGUUCCAUUCAGCUUGUCUGGGCUGUCAUAAGGUGCCAAAAUUGCUGAGAUGGGCAUUCUUGUUCAACCUCAGUAAGGAAAAAAAAAGUUGAGAUUUUCAGUCAUUUUAUAUUGCAAGAAAUCUGAGAGACAGGGGCCCAAUGACUAUGAUAGAAACAUCAUUUCAUGCAACUUGUUCUUACAGUAGAAGAGGAUGAAAACUAGCAGUAGGAGGGCACAAACCUCAUCAUGCCAAGCAAGGCUAUUACCUUAUUCCUUUUGUUCCUUAAGAUAUGCUUAUUCUCCACCACCUCUGCUCUGAACCAAGAAGGCCUUUCUCUCCUGACAUGGCUGUCAACCUUCAAUUCUUCCUCUUCUGCUGCUUACUUCUCUUCAUGGAAUCCCUCUGACCGAACUCCAUGCAAGUGGGAUUACAUCAAAUGCACCGACGACGAAUUUGUUUCCGAGAUUACUAUUAGCUCUAUCUAUCUUCCCACCACAUUUCCAGCUCAGGUCUUAUCCUUCAACUUCCUUAAGGUUCUUGUACUCUCAAAUGGCAAUCUCACUGGUGAAAUCCCAUCCUCAGUUGGGAACUCUUCGUCCCUCAUUGUUUUGGACCUCAGUUCCAACAAUCUGAUGGGGAUCAUACCAGCUGAAAUCGGAAAACUAUCAGCACUGCAGCAAUUAUCAUUGAACUCAAACAACUUGCAGGGAGAGAUUCCAAAAGAAAUAGGAAACUGCACCCAACUGCAGCAGCUUGAACUGUUUGAUAACCAGCUUGUUGGAAAAAUCCCCAUUGAAAUCGGCCAGUUAACGGAUCUUGAAAUCUUUCGAGCAGGUGGAAACCUCGGAAUUCAUGGAGAAAUUCCGGCUCAGAUAUCAAACUGCACAAGGCUAAGCUUUUUGGGACUUGCAGAUACUGGAAUUACAGGUCAGAUUCCGCCUACUUUAGGAUCACUGAAGAAUCUCAAGACUCUUUUCGUAUACACAGCAAACCUCACUGGUUACAUCCCUCCAGAAUUGGGUAAUUGCUCAAGCUUGGAGAAUUUGUUUAUCUAUCAAAACCAAAUCUCUGGAGAGAUUCCAAGACAAAUUGGCUUUCUCAAAAACCUCAAGAGGCUGUUAUUAUGGCAGAACAAUCUAAGAGGAACGAUUCCUGGAGCUCUUGGAAACUGUUCAGGUUUGACAACAAUUGAUCUCUCUCUAAAUUCUCUGACAGGAGGAAUCCCUCCAUCUUUCCAAAAUCUAGCCACACUGGAGGGGCUUCUUUUGUCAGACAACCACAUUACUGGAGUUAUACCACGAUUUAUUGGCAACUUCUCCAACUUGAGGCAACUUGGAUUGGACAACAACAGCAUUUCUGGAGAGAUUCCAUCCGACAUUGGGCUACUAAAAGAACUCACUCUCUUCUUUGCCUGGCAGAAUCAGCUCCAAGGAGAGAUACCAAAUGAGCUAGCCAACUGCAAGAAACUUCAAGAUUUGGACCUCUCUUAUAAUGCCCUCACUGGGCCAGUUCCAAGGUCUCUAUUCAAUCUCAGGAAUUUAUCCAAGCUACUGCUGAUUUCGAAUCAACUUUCUGGUAAAAUUCCCGCUGACAUAGGCAAUUGCAGCAGCUUAACCAGACUGCGACUGGUAUCAAACAUGUUAGAUGGUGAAAUUCCCUCAGAAAUUGGGAAGCUGGGGAAUUUGAGGUUUCUUGAGCUGUCUAAAAAUCAGUUUACUGGAAAAAUCCCACCAGACAUAGGAAACUGCAAACAGUUGGAAAUGGUUGAUUUGCAUGGAAACAAGCUUCAAGGAGUUAUCCCUCUUUCUUUUGUGUCUCUGCUUCAAGUGAAUGUGUUGGAUCUUUCCAUGAAUCAGAUAUCAGGUAACAUCCCCGAAAGCAUAGGUAACCUCACAUCAUUGAACAAACUUGUGCUGAGUGGAAAUAAAAUCUCUGGUUCAAUUCCUCGAUCACUAGGCCGCUGUAAGAAUUUGCAGUUUCUUGAUGUGAGCAGCAACAGUCUCAUUGGUUCUAUCCCAGAGGAAAUUGGUGAUCUGCAGGAACUAGACAUACUCCUAAAUCUGAGUGCAAAUUGUUUAACAGGACCAAUCCCGGAAAGCUUUUCAAAAUUUUCAAAGCUUGACAACAUGGACAUAUCACACAACAUGUUGGUAGGAAGCCUUCAAGUCCUCAGCAACCUAGACAAUCUUGUCUCUUUGAAUGUUUCAUACAACAAUUUUUCAGGUUCCAUUCCCAAUACUAGAUUCUUUCAGGAUCUUCCUAAUGCAACAUUUGCUGGUAACGAGAAGCUCUGUUUUACCAAGAGCAAAUGCCAAUCCACUGAAGACAUCCAUAGAAGGAAAUCCGUCAGAAAUCUGACUAUCCUUGUUGUGAUCAUUGUCAUCAUUGCAUCAAUUAUCGUAACUGCAGGAACAAUCUUCUACAAGCGAGCUCGAGAAACAAUGUUAGAGAAAAGUGAUGAAGAAAAAGGACUUCAAUGGGAUUUCACCCCAUUUCAAAAGCUCAACUUCACAGUAGAAGAUGUGGUAACAAAACUUUCUGACUCUAACAUUGUGGGAAGAGGUUGCUCAGGAGUUGUUUAUCGUGUUGAGACCCCAACGAGACAGGUCAUUGCUGUAAAGAAACUAUGGCCGAAGAAGAAAGGGGAGAUUCAUCAAAGGGACUUAUUUUCUGCAGAAGUCACAACACUAGGAUCAAUUAGGCAUAAAAACAUAGUAAAGCUUCUAGGUUGUUGUGAGAGUGGAAAAACCAGACUGCUCUUGUUUGAUUAUAUAAGUAACGGGAGUUUGGCAGGAUUGCUCCAUGAGAAGAAAAUAUUGCUAGACUGGAAUGCAAGGUACAAUAUCAUAAUGGGAGCAGCUCAAGGUUUGGCUUAUCUCCACCAUGAUUGUAUCCCUCCAAUUGUUCAUCGGGAUAUCAAGACCAACAACAUCUUGGUUGGUCCACUGUUUGAGGCUUUUCUCGCAGAUUUUGGUCUAGCAAAGCUAGUAAGUUCUCCAGACUCUUCAAGAGCUUCAGACAAAAUAGCAGGAUCAUAUGGUUAUAUAGCUCCUGAAUAUGGAUAUAGCUUGAAGAUUACAGAAAAGAGUGAUGUAUAUAGUUAUGGGAUUGUGCUUCUAGAGGUCCUAAUGGGAAUGGAACCGACUGAUUCCCAAAUCCCAGAUGGCAAACACAUUGUCACUUGGGUUUAUGAAGAACUUCGUGAAAAACACAGAGAUUUCACAUCAAUUGUCGAUCAACAGCUACUCCUACAUUCAGGCACACAAACAGAAGAGAUGCUUCAAGUACUGGGGAUAGCUUUACUAUGUGUGAACCCUAACCCUGAUGAAAGACCUACAAUGAGAGAUGUAAUUGCAAUGUUGGAAGGGAUCAAACAUGAAAACGAUGAGUUUGAGAAACCUAACUCUCUUAGCAAAGAAAUGGCCUCAAACCCAAGAGCUGCAGUUCAUUGUUCUAGCUUUUCCAAGUCAUCUAAACCUCUCAUCAUAUCACAAUGUCAUUCUCUGUAGGCAGUUUUUGUUCUGUAUCUGGUUCAAUUCAAUCUUUUCAAGCAAAAAUGAAUUUCUAAAGAUUCUUUGUACUCCAAGCUUUAGUUGGAUUUCAUGUUGAUCUCAUAACUUUAUAGACUACAGAAGUCUUAUUUCAA